AGGACCCGUCGGGCGCGCUGGUGUCUGGGAAGGAGAGAAAAUGGCGGCGGAACCGAGCAAGACCGAAAUCCAGACUCUUUUCAAGCGGCUUCGCGGGAUUCCGACCAACAAGGCCUGCUUCGACUGUGGCGCCAAGAAUCCGAGUUGGGCCAGCAUCACAUAUGGUGUUUUCUUGUGCAUUGACUGCUCCGGGGUUCACCGCUCCCUGGGCGUUCAUCUCAGCUUCAUCAGGUCCACAGAGUUGGAUUCCAACUGGAACUGGUUCCAGCUGAGGUGUAUGCAAGUCGGCGGGAAUGCCAAUGCGACAGCUUUCUUCCGCCAACAUGGAUGUACAGCCAGUGAUGCCAACACCAAGUAUAAUAGCCGAGCUGCCCAGAUGUAUCGGGAAAAGAUCCGGCAACUGGGGAGUGCGGCCCUGGCUAGGCACGGCACUGAUCUUUGGAUAGACAAUAUGAGUAGUGCUCCCAGUCACUCCCCAGAGAAGAAGGACUCUGAUUUCUUCACGGAACACACCCAACCCCCUGCCUGGAAAGGACCAGCCCCCGACCUAGCAGAGACCCAGGAGCUAGCCCCUUCUACAGAGAUCAGUAGCCUGGCACAGCCGGAGCACGGCCCCAACAUGGACCUGCUUGGCACCUCACCCAAAGCCUCUCUAGAACCGAGAACCUCCCUCAUUGGCAAGAAAAAGCCAGCAGCAGCUAAGAAAGGGCUGGGUGCCAAGAAAGGCCUCGGGGCCCAGAAGGUGAGCAGCCAGAGCUUCAGUGAGAUUGAGCGGCAGGCCCAGGUGGCAGAGAAGCUCCGUGAGCAGCAGGCAGCUGAUGCCAAGAAGCAGGCCGAGGAGUCGAUGGUUGCCUCUAUGCGCCUGGCCUACCAGGAGCUCCAGAUUGACCGCAAGAAGGAGGAGAAGAAGUUACAGAAUCUGGAAGGGAAGAAGCGAGAACAGGCAGAGAGAUUGGGCAUGGGCUUGGUAUCCCGCAGCUCUGUCUCCCACUCGGUGCUGUCUGAGAUGCAGGUGAUCGAGCAGGAGACCCCAGUGAGCGCCAAGUCCUCCCGCUCGCAGCUGGACUUGUUUGAUGAUGUUGGUACUUUCGCCUCUGGACCCCCAAAGUACAAGGACAACCCCUUUUCCUUGGGGGACAGUUUCAGUUCCCGCUGGGAUACAGAUACCGCCUGGGGUGUGGACAGGAUGGAGGAGAAGGAGCCAGAAGUGACCAUCUCAAGUAUCCGGCCUAUUUCAGAAAGAGUCACAAACAGAAGGGAAGUGGAAAGCCGGAGCUCAGGCCUCGAGUCCAGUGAAGCACGUCAGAAAUUUGCAGGAGCCAAAGCCAUCUCAUCGGACAUGUUCUUUGGGCGGGAGGUGGACGCGGAGCACGAAGCCAGGUCUCGACUCCAGCAGCUCUCGGGUAGUAGUGCCAUCAGCUCUUCUGACCUCUUUGGGGACAUGGAUGGAGCUCAUGGCGCAGGUAGCGUAUCUCUGGGCAACGUGCUCCCCACAGCUGAUAUUGCCCAGUUUAAGCAGGGUGUCAAGUCUGUGGCCGGGAAGAUGGCUGUGCUGGCCAACGGCGUGAUGAAUUCUUUGCAGGAUCGCUAUGGUUCCUACUGACCCAGGUGCCACGGCUCAGGCAUAUGGUGGCAACAACAGCAAAACCCCCAUGAUUCCCAGGCCAGGGGCGCUUUCCUGGUGGAAGCUGGGGAGGAAUUGUUACUUUCUAUGUGUUGUGUGUGAGUGGGGUGGCCUUUGAGGGUCUCGGGUGAGGGGGAUGGGUGGUUCCAGCGUUGACCUCAGCCUGUAGACUGAGCCCUUUUACUCUCCUCCCCUCACACCCUCUCCCCUGUGUGCUAGAUUACUGUCCUCUGGUCCUGCCCCCCAAGCUGCUGCUCACUUGUCCUGCCACACUGGGAGCGAGGGGAGGAGUUUCCUCAGGAGGGCUUAUUCUGGGUCCAGCCAUUCCCCAAGUAGGGGGAGAGAGAGGUAUAAGGCUUUUUUGCCAGCUCUAGGAUCCUUCCAGGUUGUCUGGGGUUUGGCCCCCGUCCUCUGGAACCAGUGGGCAGGUCUAGAAAGAGUUCUGCCACAGACCAGCCCCAGGGGAGGGAUGCUGCUCCAGUGGCCUCUUCUGGGUGCCAGGAGAGGGCAGGGGAGAGGAAGGACCUUCGUCUGGGCCUUAAGGGCUAGAAACUUUACCCGGUACCGAAAGGUUUCAUUUGGGAUCAGACUGGAGGCCCGAGUGAUCUUCUCCUAUCUCACCACCCCUUUUUACAGUGAUCACUUGAGGGAUACUUCUCCUGGGUGUCUCGGAGUCCUUCCAUACCAUCCAUUGUGGAGCACAGGACCCUCUGUCCCUUCUUCCCCUGCUUGGGGUGGCCAUGGUGGGUCUCAUCUGCCCUAUGCCCUGCUCUGGAUGCUGUGAGCGUAAUGCUGGCCAAGGAAGCAGAGGAUGUGAGGGACAGAAACUGGCUCUUGGGGCUCAGCUUUCUUCUGUGUCAUCCUGGUCUUGGGGGGGGGCGGCCUGGACAGCACCCCACCACUGAGAGCUUGAGACACCUGCAGAGCUGCACGCCUUGCCCCCUGGCCGCUGGGCCAUGCACUGUCAUCCUUGGUGCCAUCUUCCCCUGCUGAGCUGACAGUCUGGGCCUGCCCUGCCCCCUGUGGCUUUGGGGUUGGGCUCCCAAGCAACACCGGCCAUUCCCCCCACCCCUCCCUGAAAGGGACUUGAUUUUCUUUCUGGACUGUUUGUAUUGAAACAGAGUGGUGUCAAAUAAAGCCUUGACAGGGCCCAGGGCCACUGUUGAUCUGAGUCAA